AUGGAGAUGCAGAAAGGCAAAGGGGGUGCAGCAGCAGCAGCAGCUACGACAGGUGGAGGAGGAGGAGGUGCAGGAGGGAAAUUGCUGAUCUACACCAGCUUGGAUGCCAAGGAUGAGUUAGAGGAGAGGCUCGAGAGAUGCAUGGGCAUCGUGACGGCUCUGACAGGCGGCGUCUCGGAGAGGGAAGCCAAUGACGCCCUGAACGCUUACGUGUGCAAAGGAACCCCCCAGCACGAGGAGAUCUCUCUGGGGCUCUUCACCGUGAUCCUCACCGAGCCCGCCCAAGCUCAGAAGUGUUAUCGGGAUCUGACGCUGGUGAGCCGAGAUGGGCUGGGUGGCCUGUUGGCCAAGAUGAACCAGAUGGUGAUGGACAAGUACCUGAAGCUGCAGGACACAGCUCGGAUUCAGUUCGUUUGGCUGGUGCGGGAGAUGGUGAGGAGCGGCGUCCUCGGGAGCGACGGCAUCUGCAUGACCUUCAUGAAGCAGAUAGCAGGCGGGGAUGUGACCGCGAAGAAUAUCUGGCUGGCAGAGAGCAUCCUUGACAUUCUUAUGGAGCAGAGGGAAUGGGUGCUGAAGAGCUCGAUUCUGAUAGCCAUGUCCGUGUACACGUUCCUGCGCCUCAUCGUGGACCACCACGGCUCCCCGCAGCUGCAGGCCCUUCGGCAGAAGGAGGUGGAUUUCUGCGUCUCUCUUCUCCGUGACCGGUUUAUGGAUUGCGCUGUGAUUGGGCGAGAUCUGGUGAGGCUCUUGCAGAACGUUGCUAGGAUACCCGAGUUUGAGCAGCUCUGGAAAGACAUUAUCCACAACCCUCAGGCGCUGAGCCCGCAGUUCACAGGCAUCUUGCAGCUUCUGCAGUCGCGGACUUCGCGCAAGUUCCUGGCCUUCCGCCUGACGCCGGACAUGGAGACCAAGCUGCUCUUCAUGACCUCUCGGGUGCGCUUUGGCCAGCAGAAGAGGUACCAAGACUGGUUCCAGCGGCAGUAUCUCUCCACCCCAGACAGCCAGUCCCUGCGCUGCGACCUCAUCCGCUACAUCUGCGGCGUGGUCCACCCGUCCAACGAGGUGCUGAGCUCCGACAUCCUCCCGCGCUGGGCCAUCAUCGGCUGGCUGCUCACCACCUGCACGUCCAACGUCGCCGCCUCAAACGCCAAGCUGGCCUUGUUCUACGACUGGCUGUUCUUCAAUCCCGAGAAAAACAGCAUCAUGAACAUUGAACCAGCCAUUCUAGUCAUGCACCACUCCAUGAAACAGCACCCAGCCAUCACCGCCACCCUGCUGGACUUCAUGUGUCGGAUCAUUCCUAACUUCUGCCCCGCCCUGGAAGUCCACGUACGACAAGGCGUCUUCAACUCCCUCACCCACAUUGUGGAGAAGCGCGUCCUCUCGCACCUGGCUCCUCUCUUCGACAACCCGAAGCUGGACAAGGAGCUCCGGGCCAUGCUGAGAGAGAAAUUCCCCGAGUUCUGCAGUUCGCCCUCUCCUCCAGUUGAAGUCAAAAUUGAGGAGCCGGUUUCCAUGGAGAUGGACAAUCACAUGUCCGACAAAGAUGACAGUUGCUACGACAACGCAGAGGCCGCCUUCAGCGAUGACGAAGAAGAUUUGAAUAGCAAAGGAAAAAAGAGAGAGUUCCGGUUCCACCCGAUCAAAGAAACCGUCGUGGAAGAGCCGGUCGACAUCACACCUUUCCUGGACCAGCUGGACGAGUCCUUGAAGGAUAAAGUCCUGCUGCUGCAGAAGGGGAGUGACACAGAGGCCCAGUGUGAGGUCAUGCAGGAAAUCGUGGAUCAGGUCCUGGAGGAGGAUUUUGACCAGGAGCAGCUGUCAGUCCUCGCGUCCUGCCUGCAGGAGCUCUUCAAGGCCCACUUCCGCGGGGAGGUGCUACCAGAGGAGAUCACCGAAGAGUCUCUGGAGGAAUCCGUGGGGAAGCCGCUUUACCUAAUAUUUAGGAACCUCUGCCAGAUGCAGGAAGACAACAGCAGCUUCUCUGUGCUGCUGGACCUUCUCUCGGAGCUCUACCAGAAGCAGCCCAAGAUCGGCUACCACCUCCUCUACUACUUAAAAGCCAGCAGAGCUGCGGCUGGGAAGAUGAGCCUCUACGAGUCCUUUGCCCAGGCCACGCAGCUGGGCGACCUGCACACCUGCCUGAUGAUGGACAUGAAGGCCUGCCAGGAGGAUGAUGUCCGUCUGCUCUGCUACCUCACGCCUUCCAUAUACACUGAGUUUCCAGAUGAGACCCUUCGGAGCGGGGAGCUGUUGAACAUGAUUGUGGCAGUCAUCGACUCAGCCCAGCUCCAGGAGCUCGUGUGCCAUGUGAUGAUGGGAAACCUGGUGAUGUUCCGGAAGGACUCGGUCCUGAACAUUCUGAUUCAGAGCUUGGACUGGGAGACGUUCGAGCAGUACUGCACGUGGCAGCUCUUCCUGGCGCACAACAUCCCCCUGGAGACCAUCAUCCCCAUCCUUCAGCAUCUCAAGUACAAAGAGCACCCCGAGGCGCUUUCCUGCCUGUUGCUCCAGCUGAGACGUGAAAAGCCCAGCGAAGAGAUGGUGAAGAUGGUGCUGAGCCGUCCAUGCCACCCAGACGACCAGUUCACCACCAGCAUCCUCCGGCACUGGUGCAUCAAACACGACGACCUCCUGGCCGAGCACAUCAAGUCCCUCCUGAUCAAGAACAACAGCCUGCCCCGGAAACGCCAAAGCCUGCGGAGUUCCAGUAGCAAACUAGCCCAGCUGACUCUGGAGCAGAUCCUGGAGCACCUGGACAACCUGCGCCUGAACCUCACCAAUACCAAACAGAACUUUUUCAGCCAAACCCCGAUCCUCCAAGCACUGCAGCACGUCCAAGCCAGCUGCGACGAGGCCCACAAGAUGAAGUUCAGUGACCUCUUCUCUCUGGCCGAGGAGUACGAAGACUCGUCCAGCAAGCCCCCCAAGAGCCGACGGAAAGCCACCAUCUCCAGCCCCCGCAGCCGCAAGAACGCAGCCCAGCCGGCCAACAAUGAAGAGGAGUCCGCCUCCAGCAGCGCCUCGGAGGAGGAAGACACCAAACCGAAGCCUACGAAGCGAAAGAGGAAAGGCUCCUCGGCGGUGGGCUCAGACAGUGACUGAGGGGGG